CAGAUCUAGAUAAACAGUACGGAAGUUUAGGGUGAAAGCUUUUACUCACAAGUUGUCGUAACGUGCUCUUCGCCGACUACACUUAAAGAAUUGUGGAUCAAAUACAUGGAUUUUCGUCCAGAAUGAAGUUCUUCAUUUUCUUAAUCUUCAUACCUUUGGUUCAUUCAGAGCUGCACACCUUCAAGACCACAUACACUGGAAUAAGAGGCCAGACGACUGCAGGAACUCCAGAGUUUACUGCUGUAACUACACUGGAUGGACAUCAGAUCGAUUAUUAUGACAGUGACACAAUGAAGAUGAUUCCCAAACAGGACUGGAUGGAGGAGUUUGCAACUAAAGACACGUGGAUAGAAGACACUGAGAUCAGAAAACAUGUGCAGCAGGUGUACAAAAACAACAUUCACGUUCUAAUGGAGAGAUUCAGUCAGUUACAUGGUGUUCAUACAUAUCAGAGAGUGUAUGGAUGUGAGUGGGAUGAUGAGACUGGAGACUCUCAAGGGUUUGAUAAGUACGUUUAUGAUGGACAGGAUUUCAUCUCACUGGGUGUGAAGGAGCGAACAUACACUGCACAUGUACCACAGGCAGAGCCCACAGUGAAGAAGUGGAAUAGUGAUGAAGAACAGCUUACACUUCUGAAACGAUACUACGAACAUGAGUGUGUUUACUGGCUGACAUAUUUCUUGGAGUUAAGGAAAGUGGGUUUCAAGGGAAGAGGACCUACAAAAGAAUACAGACUGGUGUAUGUGAUGGGAGUACUGGUUUUUUGUGCUUUCAUACUAAUAAUGAAGCAAAAACGAAAGUGCAGAUCUGGCAAAAUCCGUUAAAAAAAUGAAGAUUUUCCUCAAAUCGUCUGCACAGACCCCAGAUUUCAGUGUGGUUGGAGAUCAGAAGAUGAUUUCCAGCAGGCUUGUGGGACCAAAACACAUUUCAGUGUUGAUUAAUAUCCCUGAGUAUGGACGUCAUGGAUCUGUUUUUUAUGAAUGAGAUUCGACAUGAUCAAACAGAAAAAGUGUGUGAUGUUGUCUUUCACCUCUUGCAUUUGUAAAUAUUUUAAAAGAGAAGGUCCUAUAAAUAUAAAUUUAAUAUAGUUUUUUUUUUUUCCAAGUUAUUACAAGUACUGUAGUUUGAGGGCUUUUGAGUUUAAAUGUAAAAAAAUAAAUAAAUUAAACAAA